UGAACCCUUAAAUACUCCUCUUUAAAUUAUGCAAUACGUUGGAAAGAAUGCAUAAAGCCAUUGUGCUGCAUUCUACAGUUGGGUGAUUGUCUUAAGGGAAAGCACUUGUGUGAUUGCUUCUGCUGUGCGCUGAACUAGCCAGCUGCCUUUUGAUGGGAUCUGAUUUUUAUUUGAAAGAAUGCCUAACAGACAACUAUGAUCAUUCAAUUUGAGGUAUUUGUCAGACACUGCAAGGUAUAGUAAUGGAUAGUAAUAGUUGUCUGUGUUAAACUUUAAGCUUUCGUGCAAAAAUCAGAACUUUGUAAAACUAUGUUCCACCUCCAUAAGUUUGACGUAUUCUCAUACUUAAAGACGUUAUUGAGCGUCUCACAGAAACAAAGGCAAUAGAACUCACACUUAAAUCCAGUCAUCUAAAUUUUACGCCCCAAACCUUUAUUUCACUUCCAGGGUUGUCAUGAUGAGGAGUGUGUGUGUAUGCGUGUAUUGGCACAAGUGAUGGAGAAAGUUCUUGGUACUAGAUCAAGCACCUUGCUGUUGGCCUUGAUUUGGGGGUCUUGGUCCUGCCUGGAGAUGAGGACCCAGGUUUCUGGAGAGAGGCCAUCCACCACGGUCUUUAAAACCCCACCUGCGCAGGACCAGAGACACGUCAGGGUCGUGGUGACCGCAGAACCACCUUGGGGUCAGGCGGCGGGAGGCUGGAAGUUCCCUGGUUCCGAAGCCUUUGGGAGGAGCGCAUGCCCGGAUUGGUCUCCAAGAGUGAAAAGGAGUCCAUACCCUGCGCGCGGGAGUCAAGUACUUUGAGGCCUGAGGCUGCUCGGAGGUCGCUUCCGUGUUCCCCUCGCCCGAGUCUCAGGCUUGGAGCAGCUUCGCUUUUGCCUUCGGCUUUCUUCAAGUAGGAGGAAGAAUGCUCCACUCCGGGACUUGAGCUUGAAACUCUCGGAUCAGACUCGCCUGGAAUCUUUGGGAAGGACUGUUUUCAGGAACCCCAGCAUGUGAAUUGGACCCAGUUGGAGGACGAAUAACAGUAGUUGCUGAAUCUUCAGGAAGUUGAAGAGGACAGUGUCCAGAAAUACCUGUCUAGGAAGAUAUAAACUGAACGAAAGCAUCAGCACCAAUCACACUGUUUCUGAAGAACUAGAGUUUUCAGUGUCAGCAAUGGAAAACCUCAAAGGGAAUACUGCUCAGGGUCCUACAAAUGAAGAAGCCUAUAAACAUGAAGGCCAAUUUUCAAGGCAGACAAAAUGUCCUGCACAGAAGAAAUCCUCUUUUGAGAAUACAGUGGUCAGAAAAGUGUCAGUGACACUCAAAGAAAUUUUCACAGAGGAGGGAGGCCCUGAAUCCUGUGAAUUUAGUCUAAGCCCAAACCUUGACACACAACAAAAAAUUCCAAAGGGCAAUAGAUCCCCAAUAUCUAGGAAAAACUCCAAAGAUAAUUCAGACUUAAUUAAACACCAAAGGCUUUUCUCACAAAAAAAACCUUGUAAAUGCAAUGAAUGUGAAAAAGCCUUUAGCUACCAACCAGACCUUCUUAUACACAGUAGAAUUCGUGGUGGAGAAAAGUCUUUCGAAUGCAAUGAAUGUGGGAAAUCUUUCAGCCGAAGUACACACCUUAUUGAACAUCAAAGAAUUCACACUGGAGAGAAACCUUAUGAAUGCAAUGAUUGUGGAAAAGCUUUUAGCCGGAGCACACAUCUUAGUCUACAUCAGAGAAUCCAUAGUGGAGAAAAACCAUAUGAAUGUAGUGAAUGUGGAAAAGCCUUUAGCCGAAGCACUAACCUUAGUCAACAUCAGCGAACUCAUACUCAAGAAAGGCCUUACAAAUGUAAUGAAUGUGGGAAAGCCUUCAGUGACCGUUCGACUGUAAUUCAGCAUCAGCGAAUACAUACUGGAGAAAAUCCGUAUGAAUGUAGUAAAUGUGGAAAAGCUUUCAGUUGGAUCUCAUCGCUUAUUGAACAUCAGAGAGCACACACUGGGGAGAACCCCUAUGAGUGCAGUGACUGUGGGAAAGUGUUCAGUCGAAGUUCAUCUCUUACUGAACAUCAGCGAAUCCACACUGGAGAAAAGCCCCACGAGUGUAGAGUGUGUGGAAAGGGCUUCAGUCGAAGCUCAUCCCUUAUUAUUCAUCAGAGAACUCAUACCGGGGAGAAGCCGUACAAAUGUAAUGACUGUGGAAAAGCCUUCAGCCAGAGUUCAACUCUCAUCAGACAUCAGCACCUACAUACUAAAGAGUAAUAUCUGAGCUUUUAUUAAUGUUAACACAAGAACACACAUACCUAACCUCCCACCAUAGAAAUAUAUGUAUUUCAAGUAUAUAUAUGUACUUGUUCUAAUUUUCUUUUAUUAGAUACCUGUACCCAUUUUAAGCUUUCAUUCCUUCUGUCGCUCUAUUCUUCUUUCCUCUCCCCUCCUUUUCUCCCUCCCUCUUACUUUUUCUACCUCCCCUUUUUCUUUUUCUUUUCUCAAAUGAGUUCACAAUAAAACAAAGAUGACUCAAAAAACUUAACAUAUACAAUCUAAUAUUCUGAAAGGCUCCAACUUUAGAAUAUAAAGCUACCUGACACCUUGUAGUUUCUCCACUAAUCAUUCCAUCAAGCGUGCAUCCCCAACCUGCCAGCUGAUCCUCUGUUUUCUAACCACAUCAGCCCCUUCUCAUGAAGAGAAAAUCCUGUGUGUGUGUCUUCAUACUUGCUGGCUCUAGUAACAGAAGUGAGGGAUCUGGCUUCAGAACAGGACUAAAAACUUCUCACCAGUCUGGGGAUAAUAGUGUUGAGGCAAAUUCAUUCUUUUGACUUGAAAAGAUAGAUUUUUCUCAUCUUGCUCCUUCACUCACCUUUCUUGCUGUAGUAUUUUUCCUCAAAAUAUAACUCAUUGUUUUACUGAUGUGCCUAAUGCCUAACUAAUCCCAGUGUUAUUUUAUCACAUUUUUACCAAAAAUGUUCUAAAAAUCUUGGAGACAUUUCUUCAUGAUCUUGGGGGAAAAGGUUGCUAAUUGCUGAGCCUUUUUUUUUUUUAUCCUUUUAUUUACAGACUUCAUAAAACUUAUGCUCUGUGGCUUUGACCCUCACCAAUCUUGGAAGGUUGAUCUCUCAAGGACAAACCCAAUGCCUGUUUCUCAGUCCUAUUCCUACUUGACAUUUGCAGAAUUGGCACUUUUUGUCACUGUUAUGCCUUAAAGCCUAAGCUUCCUUCAGGAUCCAUGAUUCUGUGCUGAUCUACCUUUUCCUACCGCCCAGCGCUUCUUUGAUUGUCAGUGAUCAGCUCUGUGAUAUGCGGCGAGGGUUAG